GGGUGACGCCGCCCCCACACCUCCCUGGGACUGGUGCUGUUGGCAGGAUCAGUUUCUGGUCAGUUUCUGCAAAGCCUCGGCUGCGGAGAGAGGCGGCCAGGUAGGCGUGCAACAGCAGCGGGACCGUGAAUCAGCCCUUGCCCCUCAGUUCCCCCGCACUGUCACCUCCACGUUCUGUGCAAACACCUCCCCGGGACCUCCCGAGCGAGCGGGAGCUGACGCCAGCGUCUGCCGCUUUCAACAAAGAGCAGAGGGACCCAGCGAAGUGCAGAGCUGGCGAGCGGACAGCGAAAUCGCUCCCGUGUUUACUAAACAAGAAGAAAAGUCAAAGCCUUUGAAGUAUUCCGAUCAAAGCGCCCGCUUUGUUUGCAGGGUGCAGGUUCUGAUCAGCGCCGCUGUUGCUGGAAGUGAUCACUGCGAAGUCUAACCCCGCUGCCCCGGGAGGAUUGUACUAGCCGGAGAGACUAUUUAAACGGGCGGCUUAUUUCAGACUCGCACCGGCACCCUCGCACCCUGACUGGGGAAGGAUAUGUCGCUGUGAGUGAGCAUCGGGCAAGACUUUGAGCCAAGAAUGGAGCGAUUCCUGCACGGGCUGUUCCUGGCAACCCUCUCCCAGUCGCUGCUGUUCGGGAGCUGUCGGGGCAUCGGUUCCAUCGACCACGAGCGGGGCAGGGAAGCCAAGUGCGAGGCGAUCGAGAUCCCCAUGUGCCUGGGGAUCGGCUACAACAUGACCAGGAUGCCAAACUACAUGGGUCAUCAGAACCAGAGGGAAGCGGCCAUCAAGCUGCACGAGUUCGCGCCGCUGGUCGAGUACGGCUGUCACGUCCACCUCCGGCUCUUCCUGUGCUCGCUCUACGCCCCGAUGUGCACUGACCAAGUGUCCACCUCCAUCCCCGCCUGCAGACCCAUGUGCGAGCAGGCGCGUCAGCGGUGCGCCCCCAUCAUGGCACAGUUCAACUUCGGCUGGCCCGAGUCGCUGGACUGCGCCAAGCUGCCCACCAGGAACGACCCCAACGCUCUGUGCAUGGAAGCGCCGGAGAACGCAACCGGCGAGCCGCAGAAGGGACAGGGCAUGCUGCCCGUGGCUCCCCGGGCCCGGGCGCCCGGGGUUGUCGAUGGCCGGGGGCAGGCUUCGCUCGGCUCCUGCGACAACCCCGACAAGUUCCAGUACGUGGAGAAGAGCCUGACCUGCGCGCCCAAGUGCUCCGCCGGCGUGGACGUCUACUGGUCCAAGGGGGACAAGGACUUCGCCUUCAUCUGGAUGGCGGUCUGGUCCACCCUGUGCUUCAUCUCCACGGCGUUCACCGUGCUGACCUUCCUGCUGGAUCCGCACCGCUUCCAGUACCCCGAGCGGCCCAUCAUCUUCCUCUCCAUGUGCUACAACGUCUACUCGGUGGCCUUCAUCAUCCGCUCGGUGGCCGGGGCGGAGAACAUCGCCUGCGACCGCGAGAACGGGGAGCUGUACAUCAUCCAGGAGGGCCUGGAGAGCACGGGCUGCACCAUCGUCUUCCUCAUCCUCUACUACUUCGGCAUGGCCAGCUCGCUGUGGUGGGUCAUCCUCACUCUAACCUGGUUCCUGGCCGCCGGCAAGAAGUGGGGCCACGAGGCCAUCGAGGCCCACAGCAGCUACUUCCACAUGGCUGCCUGGGGGGUGCCCGCCAUGAAGACCAUCAUCAUCCUGACCAUGAGGAAGGUGGCAGGCGAUGAGCUGACUGGCCUUUGCUACGUGGGCAGUAUGGACGUCAAUGCGCUGACCGGCUUUGUGCUCAUCCCCCUGUCCUGCUACUUGGUGAUCGGGACCUCCUUCAUCCUGACCGGCUUCGUGGCGCUCUUCCACAUCCGCAAGAUUAUGAAGACUGGCGGCACCAACACGGAGAAGCUAGAGAAACUUAUGGUGAAAAUUGGAGUCUUCUCCAUACUGUACACUGUCCCAGCCACCUGCGUCAUUGUCUGUUAUUUCUAUGAAAGGUUGAACAUGGAUUAUUGGAAAGUGCUGGCCUCUGAGCAGCCUUGCCUGGUCUACCCUGGGAGGAGGGCCAUGGACUGCACUCUGGACGUCUCAGUCCCUACCGUAGCGGUCUUCAUGCUGAAGAUCUUCAUGUCUUUGGUGGUGGGGAUCACCAGUGGGAUAUGGGUCUGGAGCUCAAAGACCCUGCAGACUUGGCAGAGUUUGUGCAGCAGAAAGCUGUCAAUGCGGACUCAAGGGAAGCCCUGCAGUGGGGUCAGCUGCUCCGCUAGCCACUGCCAUUACAAAGCGCCCUCCGUCAUGAUCCACAUGAGCAAAACAGACCCUUACCUAGACAAUCCAACCCAUGUGUAGCUGAUAGCGGGCUACAGAAAGCACAAGCAGAACGGUCAGCCCAGCACACGGUUUGAGGACCAAAUUUCAGGCCACAGUUUACUAGUUUUAAUAGUCACAUUACUGAUGCCUCUUAUCCUGUAGGAUUUGUAUAGGGCUCCUGUAAAAUCUGUGUAAUGGCAUAAUUCCCACUCUUAAGAGCUAUCGGUGUAGGAUUACUGGGGGAAAGCAGUCCUUUGAGAAAAGGUAUAGUGGCUCUUUCCCUUCCGACAUCUCCGCACCAAUCAACUGGGCAAAAAAGUGACCCGUCCACGACUCAGAACAGACGAUGGGGAAGUUCGGAUGUGUCUGUGAGCUGGAACUGAACUUUUGUUUUGGGGGUAAGCUCAUCUGAAUUUUGCUGUGCCAACCCCUGUGAAAGGGGUAAAGGUUAUCAGGGUCUCCAUGCAGUUUGAGAGCAGCCUCAUUUCCAAAUGGACACGGUGGAAUUUCUAGAGUGUAUUGUAUCAAAGUAUAACAAAAAUAGUAAAUAUUGAUUAUGUUUUAAAUGUUAAUUUUUAAUCCUAAUAAUCUCUCACAUUCCCAAAGAUAUAUAAUUAUUUUUGUCAAAUCCUGGUAUUUUGCUGCAAAUUUCUCUUUGAAUAAACUGAAAGUUUCUUUUGGGGGAGAUUAAAGCCACGAGCAGCUGAUGAGAAGCAGGAAGCCCCAGGUUUAAUUACUAAUCUGUGCUGUCAGUUGUGGGUAGCAGGUGUGAGAAUAGGGCGAGGACUGCAGUUGGUUUUAGCGCUCCUGAAGAGCGCGGAGCAACCGGUCACUGCUGCAGGUCACUCAACCUCCCCCCCCCCCCCACCCCCGAAGAGGUGCGACUGUUUGUGUGGACCAGUGUGAUGUCCCUUGUGUUCCAGUAACACUCUGUCACGCUGUCAGGGAUAAGCAGUCGUAAGGAGUGACUGUCCAGCCGAGCACGUGGGAGGGGGUGACAGUGUUCUGGUUAUAAGUACCUGUAACCUAUAGAGAGUACCGCAGUUACUGCAGUGGACAGAAAGAUAGCAAAAAUAUUCAUUAAACUAGUCUGAGAACUUUAUGAUUUCCUGACCAAGGCUUGUUUGGUUCUCCAGCCCAGCUGACAUCCACCCCAAAGCAGAAUGUCCAAUUUUAAAAUGUUUCUUUCCCCUACAUUCAAUACUUUCCAUAUAAACACUUCAUUCUUCCAACAAAAAUAUUUCCAACUUGCGUUUGCAUUUCAGCACAAGGGACUUUUUAUACUUUUCAGUUUUAAAAAGUAUUUAACCCUGUCGGGGAAGAAGGUGAAACUAGGUUGCAGUUGUUAAUGUAUCAGGUACACUAUGCUGACCCCGAGGUAUCAUGAUAAGAGUUAUUGACCAGUUUAAACUGUUUUUGCAGUCUUUGAGCUAUAACAGUUAUGCAGUCCCACUUUACGUGAGCAGAGUUCUGUUACUGCUGAAAUUCCCUUGUACAUAGGUGUUUUAAUUUUUUUACCCCCGAUGUUACAAUGAUAGUUCGACUUUAGGGGAUGGGUUCCCAAGACUUUUCUGUUUUGGGGGAAGUCUCCCAUUCCCUGAUUUCCCCACCCCCAAAUUCUGGAAUGGGCCUUUUAUGGCAAAUAACAUUACUGGGCCAUCUAGCCUGGGUGGGGAGGAGUUUCAAGCGUGCCUUCUCUGAGCUGACGAGUGAUUUAAAACACAGUAGUAUCAGUGUAGCAAAGUUGAGCCCUCGCUGGCCGGAGGGAGGCGAGAUAAAACACACGAGCCACCCAGUUGCUGGGAGUAUCAUCAGAUAAGGAACGGAUGGUUCAGUCACGUUACCCUUCACAGUCGAAUUCCUUGCUGUCUAACCUUAAGUGUGGCUAAUUGAACAAAAUAAUGUGGUAGAGCUAAACUCACUAUCAGAACUGAAGAGAAAUGAAGCUGAAGAAAUGGUUAGAAAAUCGCUUUAGAAGAAUGUCAAAGUUAUCGCCCAAUUUUGUAAAUGUUCAUUGCCUUUCUUAAAAAGAAAUGCAAUUGUCCCUCUCACAGCUUGCCAUCAUCCCAGGGCAGUAACUUUGGUCAUCUGAGCAACUUAUUAAUUUCAGCUGUUGCGAGUAAAGGAUUACAGUGAAGCCGUCGCCCUGUCAGCGAGGGGUUAACGACGCAGUGAGUGCUCGCACUCUGCUCAGGUUGCUGCACGGCCCUUCUCAAGGGCAGCGAUCAGCGGGCAACGAGUGAGGUGCUAGAGCGGCUGGGGAGUUCAGCAAAGAUCCAGUGAGGGGCGAGGUGGGGAAGAUGGUGCUGCUUAUAAUGGGCGAUGCUCUUCAUUCAUCUGGAGUCUUUACAGGGUGCUGGAAUCAUCCAACCCUAAUCUCCAACCCCCUAAGUUUCCUAUUGUGCAAUAUAAUACCUCAAGAAGGAAAUGAGAAGGGUGGGAACCCCUCUCCUUUACCUCUAAUCUUUGUGUUGGUGUCUCGUUGCAACUUGUGUUUUCUUCUGUAUAUAUGCUUUGUGCAUUAGUUGUAAUUUUUUUUGUGUGGUGGUGCUUUUGCAUUCCUGCCCGCCCCACCCCUCCCCGUGUUGUUAAAGAGGAACGGAGCUGCGGGCGGCUGUGUCAAUGCAUCUUACCAUCAGAGUCACACUGAGCUACAUAGCACCCUGCUGCUGGGUGGGACUUCCUGCCAGCAAAGCUCCUAACACGAGAUGCAGCUGCAUUCAGAUAGGGUGCUGAGGAGGGUCCAUGGGUAUCACAGUUUGCCAGUAUUUUAAUGUUUUACCUUCUCAAUGUCAAAAUUAAGUGGAGCACGCACCAGAUCUAGCAGCAACCAUAGUCCGUAUAAACCCUUCCCACCAGCUCUGCAGAAGGUCUCGGGGCUUUUUCCCCUUCAGAAUCUUCCCACCCUCUGUGAAAGUACCCUGCUGUUGUAACGUCUCACUCAGCCGCUUCUAUUUAUCAGCUCUGUGAAACAGCACAGCAAUUUAACAUUGGCCCUUUAAACAGCCCAGCAAUUUAACAUUGGCCCUUUAAACAGCCCAGCACCUCAACAUCGUCACGUUUAACAGCCCACCACAUCAACAAUGCACCCUGUUAAACACCCCUGAAAAAGGAAAAUUGCUUUUUUAAACAAACCAGCUCUUGUCCAAAAAGCUGUCAAUUUCACUUGUGAUUCAUAUUUUUGAAUGGCCUUCUCCUGUUUUGGAGGUUAGAUCAUUUGCUGUUAAAUGGUAUCUUAACAGAGAUUCUCCGGUGACCAAUACGAUAUUGAGAUCCUUUUGGCCUAAAGGGGAUAGGUCUGGCAACACAAUAAUGCAACAUGAUUUGGCACUCCCAUAACAUUAAACAUCUGAUGUAACGUGUAACUAUUGUGAUCUGCUAGUCUACUUGCGUUUCAGUUUUGAAUGAGUUGGCAAGUAGUAUUUCUGAAUAAAGGCUCUUGGAGUCUGUUCGCUCAAUGACAUGGCAAUGAAUGAAGAGGUCUGGUGAUGGAACACCAGAAUUACCAUCAGUGCUUCGCCACCAAGGUGCAAGAAAUAAGCCCAGGUUGUCCCUUCUGCUUAAUGAUCAGUUCCACAUCAGGGAAGCUGCUUUCUAGUGCUAGGGUGGGUCAUCUCAUCUGAAAAGUAGAACCUAAACUUCUGGUGUCACGGUGCCAUAGCAAGUAGAGUUGCUGCCUCAUGGCUCCCAUGACAUGGGUUCAGUCCUGACCUGUGGAGAUUCCACAUUCUCCCUCGGACUGAAUGAGUUCCCCAGGUAACUUUGAUUUUCAAAAUACGUGGAGGUUGGUAGGUGAGUCGGCUUUAGUGGUGCUGAGUGAUGGAAUACAGGGAUUGUUGAGAGAGUGGGGACAGGAGCAUGGGAUCAGUGUAAAGCAAGUGCUUGGUAGUCAGUAUGGACUGAGUGGACCGAAGGGCCUCUUUUUCUGCUGUAUCUCCCUGUGACUGUGUCUGAACUUAAGAGACACUACCAUGCAGAAAGUCUAGCACGCUUUAGAACAUCUUGUGCAAGUGGCAAUUAAUGCUAAGAUGGCGAUUAAUUUAAAAUCCAAGGGUGAGAUUCCUUUCUUUGCUAAUUAAAGUAUUAAGACAUCUGGGGCAUGGUCAGCCGUGGCAGUGUUUGGGAUGAGUAAGAGCAGUGACUUUAGGAACUGAAAGCUUCUUCCAGGGAAGAGAAAUGGUGAUCAGCUGCAGAGAUUCUGGAAGUAAAUAAUCUAUUGGCAGUAUAUUGUUCAGGCAACUAGUGGUGGUCCGUUGAACAAAGUAGCAGAAUACUAUAUGUCUAAUAAGUCAGCACCUUAAGGCUAAAGGGGAACAAAUUGGUCAAGGGAAUGAAUCCUGGUUUUAAUUAAAGUUUCCAGGAAAGUAUAUACAAACGUUUGUACGUUAUGACAUAUUUUUGGAAGCUUUUUAUUUCCGAGUUUAGUUCCUUCACCACCUUAUGGCACCUGACACAGUUGUUGUAGACCAUGUUGGUGAUGGGAAGGGGAAGCCAGUGCUGGAACAUGAAGUGUGCUCGCAGUGUUUAAAUUUCAACACUUCUCUGAAAGAUUGUCACCAAAGCUCUUACUUCUUUCUAAAAUACAAAGUGCAUUCAUUUUCACCUGCUUCCCAAGGAUUUAUACAGGAGCACUGUCUCCAGUAGAAAGCCUCCUCAUUUAAUUGACAGCUGCUAUUCUUUUACUUUGGACUAAUUAUUUUCCUAAAGUUUUAUUCAGAGAUACGGCGCAGAACGAGCCUCACUGCCCAGCAACCCACCCAUUUAACCCUUGCCUAAUCACAGGACAAUUUCCAAUAACCAAUUAGCCUACCAACUGAUACGUUUUUGGAGUGUGGGAGGAAACCAGAGCACCCAGAGGAAACCCACGCGGUCACAGGGAGAAGGUACCAACUCCUUACAGACAGCGCCGGGAUUGUACUCAGAACUCCGAACUCGAUGACCCGAGUUGUGAUAGUGUUGAGUUAACCGCUACACUACUGUUUUCUAAAGUGGUCCUGAGGUUGGGCUUUUCACCAGCCAGUUUUAUAGAACGGGAAAUCGUAGCUGCUAUUUUCAGAGUUAACCUGGCGUAUUUGGCAGAGUGCUUGAUUUUAGUUCAGAUGGUCUAGUUUUAAAUCCCAUUCUAAGACUUGAAUGUAUAUCUGAGCUGACAUUUUUGAGCUGCUUUGGGGUAAUUCUCCCGUACCUGGUGCAGCUUUUUGAUUGAGAUGUUAAAUAUAUUAAAAUAUGGCGACAUAGAAAAGUAAUUAUCACCCAGAUUUCUGAAUGUUUGUUACCCUUCUUUAAAAACAUGUAAAAUCUCCCCUGUUUGGAAAGCAUUGAAAUAACUAAUUCCCUGAUUGGGUCUGAAUCACGAGAAGGCCAACUCACACAAAACGGGACCGAGUCAAGGAAUAGCCAAUAGCCGUAACAAAAAUAACCCCCCCCAACCCCACCCAACAAGUCAGUGCCCUUCCAGUGUGUGCUGAAGAUAGAACCCAGGCCCAUCUAACACUCCACCCAUGGGGCCAAGGGUGUGUGUAUUCAGGGAGGGCAGAUAAGGACAGUAGGAGAUUGAAUGGGUGAGUGAGCUUCGAUGUGGGUUUGUGACCGUUGCCACUGUAUCUUCCUGCAUUUCCAUGUUCCUGCUCACUGUAUGUGUUAGCCUCCAAUGGAGGCCCUGCAAAUGGAUUGUAUUGCCUGCAGUUCACUUCUCUUCAUCCUCUCAAUGAUUGUAGAUUUAUUAAUUUAUGGUAAGACAAACAAUAGAAUAUCAUUUUUUGUAUAUGUUUAUGAUAGUUUAAAUGCAAAUAUAUAUUUUUUGGGGUUGUUUUUUGUAAA